AUGCAGGGAGGCGGCGGCGUGAGCUGCGCGGUGGCCGGUGAGGCGCCGACGCCCGGCCGCGCGCCGCACCACCACCGCGUGGGCGCCGGCGGGCGUCUGGGCCUGACCAUCGACCCGGCGGGCGGCGACGACGGGGAGGCCCCCGCGGAGCGGAUCGGGCGGCUGGUCCGCGAGAGCCCCGUGGUGAUCUUCGCCCGGCGCGGGUGCUGCAUGUGCCACGUGAUGCGGCAGCUGCUGCAGGCCGUGGGCGCGCACGCGACGGUGAUCGAGCUGGAGGAGGCCGCCGACGAGGCCGCGGCGUCGGCCGCCGCCGCCGCCGCCGUCCCCGCGCUGUUCGUGGGCGGCGCGCCCGUCGGCGGGCUGGACGGACUCAUGGGCCUCCACCUCAGCGGCCUCCUCGUCCCGCGGCUCCGGGAGGUCGGCGCGCUCUGCAGCUAG